AUGCUUCUCUCGCCUCCCCGCACGUGCUCCUCUCGCCUCCCCUCGCGAGCUCCUCUCGCCCCCCCGCGCGCGGCUCUUGCCUCCCAGCGCAUCCUCUUCUCGCCUCACCUUGCGUGCUCCACUCGCCUCCCCGCGCUUGCUCCUCUCUCCUCACCUUUCGGCGUGACCGCACCGCGCCGCGCGUGCGCCUCUCUCCACGCCUUGCGUGCUCCUAUCGCCUCCCCGCCCGUGCUCCUCCCUCCUCACCUUGCUUGCUUCUCUCGCCUCCCCGCGCGUGCUCCUCUCUCCUCACCCUCCGUGCUCCUCUUGCCUCCCCGCGCGUGCUCCUCUCUCCUCACCUUGCGUGCUCCUAUCGCCUCCCCGCGCGUGCCCCUCUCUCCUCACCUUGCGUGCUCCUCUCUCUUCCCUGCGCGUGCUCCUCUCUCCUCACCUUGCGUGCUCCUCUCUCCUCACCUUGCGGGCUCCUCUUGCCUCCAUCACAAUGUUCCUGCCUUUUUGUGGGGAGUGAGUGAAGCAGCAGGGGUGAUGGGGAUGGGGCGAGCGAAAAACAGCAAGGGUGAUUGGCAGAUGGGGGAUGGAUGUGGCAAGGGAGUGAGUGAAGCAGCAGGGGUGAUGGGGAUGGGGCGAGAAAAAAACAGCAAGGGUGAUAGGCAGAUGGGGGAUGGAUGUGGCAAGGGAGUGAGUGAAGCAGCAGGGGUGAUGGGGAUGGGGCGAGCGAAAAACAGCAAGGGUGAUUGGCAGAUGGGGGAUGUAUGUGGCAGGGGAGUGAGUGAAGCAGCAGGGGUGAUGGGGAUGGGGCGAGCGAAAAACAGCAAGGGUGAUUGGCAGAUGGGGGAUGUAUGUGGCAGGGGAGUGAGUGAAGCAGCAGGGGUGAUGGGGAUGGGGCGAGCGAAAAAAGCAUGGUGGGAAAUGGAGUGA